ACCAUCACUUCCCCUCACUGAAACAUUUUUAGCACAUGCUCUUUUCACGUUUCCAUGUGGCAUCUCAUAACUCGCCUGUACUAAACGCACGUGCUGCCAUCUCUUGUCUUGCGUAAGAACCGACCGCCUGGACCAAUCGCAUCUCUUCGUUUAGGUCACGUGCACGAAAUCGACCAAUCACAGGCGUCGCCACUUAAAAAUUGCCGCGGACAUUUUCCUUUAUGACAAUCGUAGAAAAAGUUUUUCACAUCAACACAGCGGCCGCCAUUUUGAUAAAUCUCGAGUCUCGGGCGAGUUGUGAAUUUUCGGCUGCAAAUCUACAAAAAAAUUCCAAUUUUAUCGUCGAUAUUUUAUACCUAAUUCGUAAGGAAAUAGUGCGUGAGUGGUGCGGAAAUGUGUUUUUGGCGAAAAGAUUCGCGUGGAAAAUGAAAAACAGCGGCGAUUUGCAGCACGCCUGACAGCAGCAGUCAAGCGAGGGUUACAGGAACUCCUCGGAAUUAUCAGCUCCCGGUCGAGUCCCCAAAGAAUCGUUUGGGUUCCCAUUGGUGUUCCGGAUCUAAUUCGACCCUGGAGGACUGACUAUUUGUGUUCGUGUUGAAAAGUGACUUGUGAAGUGAGACUUACAUGCCCGGGAAGGUGGUGGAAAUGAACGAUUAUAAACGGACUCGCCUACGUGUCGCGGCCAAGUGAAGUGUGAAUGUUUGUAACCAGACGUGAGUGCUCUGCCCUACGUACGGGAAGCAUGCGGUCUAGUGCGCCUGAUUAAGGUGAUCCUCCCGCCCGUAGACACGAGGGAAUGAUGUGAUUUGCAGCAAGUGAAGACUCUAUGUACGCUAAGGACAGCUUCCCCAGUGCCCCCGAAAACACAGACUAAAGACUGAACUUGUAGGAAUCAGUUGGCUAGGAAUCGUCUAAUUUUAAGGUGAAUAUUCUGUCGGGCCGCAAAAUAAAUGGAACUCUUAGUGCAUUGUGUUCGCGAAAGGUUGGUGCCGCAUUUUGCGGCUGCCCGGCGACGAUCCUUGUGAACGUGUGUGGCUCGCGUUACGUCGCGCCCCGCGAGUGACUGACAACGUCAACAACGUCGCGAGGAAGCCGUGCGUGUGUGCAGCUCGCUCCGAGGAUUCCCGGCCGAUGGAUUGGCAGUUCAAGAUGCAUUCGUCGCCACGCUGCAUAUCUUUGAAAGUCUUGAGAACUCGAAAGAAAUUCCUGUACAGGACGGCCACCACUGCUCAGCUGAGAGCCCAUCGCCGACGAACUCUGCCAGUCCGUGCGAACUUGAACGAAUCACGCCACCGCACCGCAUACCGGCCGUUGUGAAGGACACAGCCGGCCAAGUAACAUUCAGUCCAUCUCCCGCUAGCGAUCCGGGAUAAACUCGGAACAUAGCGUCUCCAGCUUUUGCCUUGCGAAUUCGAUUUUGAUGUUUAUUCGAGUUGGUUUUUGUGCAUCAAAUGUCGUUCGCGACAGCCUGAACGCAGCUUUUGUUUUUUUUUCGCGAAAUCCAAAAUAUUUCCAUUUUUCGGAAGGGCAAGGAUCCUGAACUAAUCAAUUCUUUGAGUAAAACAUUGAAAUAUCAGAAAACACGGCUCGACCUAUUAACGCGGGAGUAUCUGAGUGCAAACUAGAAAAGGACAUAAUUGAACCGCGAUCAAAUGUGAAUCGCAAUCAAUCCACAUAACAAACUGAACUUAAAUUCGAGACGAAGAGACGAAAAGUGAGUGGAAAACAUUGGACGUCAAGAGGAGUAGCAAGAAGUUGUCAGGAUGGCGGAUCAUCUGGACGAGCCGCCUCAGAAGCGAAUGAAGUAUCAGCAGACGGGGGUUGGCGAUCAAGGUGCCUAUCUCGUUUCAGAUGGCCUAUCCAACUACGAUAUUCUCGGGUUGGAGGAGAACCUACCGGACGAGCUGGUCUACCAAACCGACGCACCAGUCGGAAAUAAGCCGGGACAAGGCCCAGGAGGGCCGCAACUAAAUGGGGAAGAUACUGGGGUACCGAAUGUUGCAUUACGACAAAUGCAACAGCAGCAAAUGCAUCAUCUUCUACAGCAGCAGCAACAACAGAGUAAUAAAAAUGCUCUUCCAGCAAAUGUUCUCAACAUGGGUCCAUUGGGCCAGAAAAAUGUCAAUUUACUAUCACCGCCAAAUAUGGCAGGCAACAUGCCGGCUAACAUGGGUGUUGGAGGAAUGGUCAACUCCAUGCCCAUGUCUAUUUCAAACAAUGGAACUCAAACGCUGAGUUCUAUGCAAAGUAUGAAUAGCAUCGCACAAGGUAAUGUGGGUAAUAUGAUUUUAACAAAUAGUAAUAUGGGAAUGGGCGGUGCUAUGUCAUCGGGCGGUUUAGUUUCUAAUACACUUAAACAACAAAUUGGUACGUCGCCGUUAUUGGGUGCUGUACAGUCGAAUCAAGGAAAUCAAGGUCUACAUCAUGGAUCUCAUCAAGUAGGUUUACAAAAUGGCCCAAUUAUGGGUGUGGCUGUUGGUCAAAUCGUUCGUCAGCAGCAUAUCGUCCGCGGUCCAAAUCCUCAUCUUAUGGGUAGCGGACCAAGAAUGCAAUCUCCUAAUAUCGGUCAAAUUAAUAGCAUGGGCGGCCCGAAUGGCCCAUAUGGCUAUGGCAAUCCAAAUCAACAAAGUAUGAAUGUGAACGCGGGUGGCGGCGGACCGCAACAACCGAUGCUAGUUAAUUCAAUCUCACAACAGCGAAUACCCCCAAACAUAGUGAUGCAGGGAAAUCGACCUGGGGGCCCCAUUGGUACCAAUAUUGGUCUAGGCGCGAUUGGGAAUGAUGGAGGACUACAGCAGGGUGGUCAAGGACAACCAACGGGUGUUCAGCAAACGUCGUCUCAGCCUCAACCAGUAGGACCAGCGGGUGCCCAACCAAGACCUCAAGGGACAGCUGUUCAACAGAAUCCGGGUGGCAUGCAGCAGCAGCCACAACAGCAGAACCCCGGGACUGCCCAACAAUCGGGGAGUCCUAGUGCAGCUAUUGACAAGAAAAAACAGAUUCAGCAGCAACUUAUGCUUUUAUUACACGCUCAUAAGUGUCAUCGACGGGAAAGUGAGAAUCUUAACAAUAUGAAGUGUACAGUUCUGCACUGUAAAACAAUGAAGGAUGUUCUAAGCCACAUGGCUAACUGUAAAGCGAAUAAAGACUGCGAUUAUGCGCACUGUAUUUCAUCCCGCCAGAUUCUUCUUCACUGGAAGAAUUGCACGCGGCAAGAUUGUGCAAUUUGUUUACCGUUUAGGCAAACUGAUAAAUAUCGUGCUCCAGUGUCGAAUGCUAACAAUGCAGGAGGCGCUCCAUCGGGAGCACAACAGCAACAACAACAGCAGCAGCAGCAGCAACAACAACAAGUUGGCGGGAAUGUUAAUAUGGCAGGCAGUUCUAUGCCGGGUGCCCCAUCACCAGCCGCCCUAGGUGCAGCGAAGCAGAACCAAGACUUAGCUCAGUUGCAGCAACAACAACAGCAGCAACAAAAUGUUGUUCAGAAUCAGGAUGUUCGUCGAUUUGAGUUGCAAAGCAUGCAGGGCGGAACUGUUUCAUCGGCCUCCAGCAUUCUUCCUUCAAACGCAGGAGCGCCGCAAGUAGCGCAGGGCAUGCGGAUGUCGGGUCCAUCGGUACGAGUUAUUGUUCCGAAUCAAGGCGUUCCACAAAAUUCUAAUCAAAUGCUGGCGAACAAUGUUUUGAUGGGCAACGACAUGGCGAAUAAUUCGAUAUCACCCAUUGUCGGAGGUGGUGCAAGUGGUGGCAACCAUGUUUUAUCAGUUGGAAAUCAACAAGGGCAACCUGGCAUGCCUAAUCAAUCUAGUGUUGGAGCUCCACAACAGUCCAAUCAGCAGCCUCAGCAACAAGGAAACAUUCCACAAACUGUCGGUGUGCAAAUGUUCAACACAGCGAAUGCAGAAAGCGCGGUCAAAGCAAUGGCCAACAAUCCACUCGCCCAAAUGAAAAUGGGUGUUCUGCCGAACCAGCAGCUGGGCGGAUCGAUUCCAACUUCUGGGAAUACGAAAGAUUGGCAUAAUACCGUUACUCCUGAUCUGCGCAACCACCUCGUUCAUAAACUCGUGCAAGCAAUUUUCCCCACCUCUGAUCAAGCAACAAUGAUGGACAAACGUAUGCACAAUUUGGUAUCAUAUGCCGAAAAGGUAGAACGCGAUAUGUAUGAAAUGGCUAAUUCGCGAUCAGAGUAUUAUCAUCUUUUGGCUGAGAAGAUCUAUAAGAUUCAGAAGGAGCUUGAUGAGAAACGACAGCGUCGAAAAGAGCAGCAGAUGAUCUUACAGCAACAGCAACAACAAGCUCAACAGCAAGCAGGUGGAGCAUGUGGACCGUCUCCACAAUCUCUGCCAGGCCAUCAACAAAUGCGACCAGUCGGACAGCCUGCGGGAAUGGUUAGUCCGAUGGGAGGUACUCAGGGUGUGUGUCCGACCAGUGCUCUGGGAUCUGUUAUGCAACGAGCGCCUGGAAUUAUUGGUCAAGGACCUCAGACCGCGGGCAUGCGAAGCCACUCUCCUGGCAUGGUGAAUGUAGGAAUGCAACCCAAUCGUAUGCAAUUCAACCCUAAUCAACAAACGAGCAUAGGGAACAUUGUUGUUGGUCCAUCAGGGCCAAGUCCAAAUAGUACAUCGCAGCAAAACUUGGUUGUUCAAAACCCAGUCUUGUCGCCGUUCACCGGUCAGGCAAUGUCUGCAGGUAAUAGCACGGCGAACAUAACACCACCCACUAGUGUUGCGGCUACAGCACAGUUCAUGAACGCAAAUGGCGCUUCGAUAACAGGCGUAACCGGCACUAUUUCUCAGCAGACACUGGCACAACAAAAUCAAUUUAAUGAUGUAAUGAAGGCGAGACUGCUAUCAGGGGCAGCUGGCGGUCCCAACCAACAGUCGCAACAGCCACAGUCGCAACCGCCGCAGCAACAGCAGCCGCCUCAACCGCAGAACACUAGUCAGCAAAUUGUUUCGUCGUCGUCAGCUGCGAAUGUAUCUGUGCAGCAGAACGUGCCACCUCAGGCGCCAUCCCCAUUCAGCUCUGUCGGACAGAUGCCUACAAACCAAUCGUCGAACAGUAAUGCAUUUAAUACAAUGUCGCGAAACAGCAGUAGUAAUUUACCGCCUACACCAACCAGUCUUGAAGCUUUAGGCAGCGUAAGCAGUGCUUCUAUGGUGCCUGUAGCUAGUCCUUCACCAAUUCUAUCAUCAAACGGACCAAUACCGGUUAGCACUCCGAAUCCGCCGAGUGUAUCGUCCCUGCUACAACCAAAAGUAGAACCUUUAUCUCCUUCGCUUAUGACCUCUCCUUCCCAGACAACUACGAAUGUAACCCAAUCACUGUCUGCUGCUCUGGGAGCCAGUCAACAGAGUGCUAGUUCUCUGGGGAAAGGCGGGGGUAGUUCCAAUUCGACUGUUUCUCUACCAUCCAGUCGGCCGUCAUCGAGUAGCAACCUCUCGUCUCAAAUGGCUGCUCUGGAAGCUGCAGCUCGUGAUCGUGAUGAUAACACGCCAUCUCCAGAUAUGGGAGGCGCAGGUGCCGCUCAAAAAGGCAAAUUGGAUUCCAUCAAGCAAGAAGACGAUUGCAAGAAAGAAAUCGAUGACAAUGAAAGUGGAUCGCAACAUGAUAAUUCGAAUAGCGGUGGUGGCAAGAAUGUGAAUAGUGAAGGAAUGAAUAAUAUCAAGAUUGAAAUUAAGUCUGAGCCAAUGGAAGUUGAAGGUGGCAGCGGUGCAACAAAUAAUAUAGAAGGUUCAAUGGAUACAAAGGAUGAUAUCAAAGUUAAGGAUGAACCGAUGUCGCCGUCACAGGGUGAUACCAAGAUUGGUAUUAAGAUGGAAGUGAAACCGGUCGUUCCUGAACCAAUCGUACCGAAUGCUUCGGAUAAGAAGAAAAAAUGCCUUUUCAAACCUGAAGAAUUACGUCAAGCCCUAAUGCCUACUCUAGAGAAACUACUUCAACAAGAUCCAGAAUCGUUGCCAUUCAAAUCGCCUGUUGAUCCUCAAGCGUUGGGCAUUCCUGACUAUUUCGAUAUUGUUAAGAAACCAAUGGAUUUGAGUACGAUUCGAAAUAAACUGAUGACUGGACAAUAUUCAGAUCCAUGGGAGUACGUCGAUGAUGUUUGGCUCAUGUUUGACAAUGCAUGGCUUUACAAUCGAAAAACGUCACGUGUUUAUCGUUAUUGUACAAAACUUUCAGAGGUAUUCGAACAAGAAAUCGAUCCAGUUAUGAAUAUGUUAGGAUAUUGUUGCGGCCGUAAAUACACAUUCAAUCCUCAAGUUCUGUGCUGUUACGGGAAGCAGCUAUGCACGAUCCCAAGAGAUGCUAAGUACUACAGUUAUCAGAACAGUCUAAAAGCAUAUGGUGUUGUAUCUGACAGAUAUACUUUCUGCCAAAAAUGUUUUAACGAUAUCCCCGGAGAUACUGUGACAUUGGGAGACGAUCCGCUGCAGUCGCAAACGCAAAUCAAAAAAGAUCAAUUCAAAGAGAUGAAAAACGAUCACCUCGAGCUGGAGCCGUUCGUUGAUUGCCUAGAAUGCGGUCGAAAGCAACAUCAAAUAUGCGUCCUUUACCUGGAAACUGUCUAUCCAGGUGGUUUUUAUUGUGAUAAUUGUCUUAAAAAGAAGGGUGUUAAGCGUAAGGAGAAUAAGUUCAAUGCGAAACGGUUACCUACCACGAAAUUGGGUAUUUAUAUUGAAACUCGAGUCAACAAUUUCCUGAAGAAGAAAGAAGCCGGUGCUGGCGAAGUGCAUAUUCGGGUCGUGUCGAGUUCCGACAAAACGGUAGAAGUGAAACCAGGAAUGCGGCGGCGAUUCACCGAAAACAAGGAAUUUUCCUCAGAGUUUCCAUAUCGAGCGAAAGCCUUAUUUGCUUUCGAGGAAGUUGACGGAGUUGAUGUGUGUUUCUUUGGCAUGCACGUGCAGGAAUAUGGCUCGGAAUGUCCUGCGCCCAAUACAAGACGCGUCUAUAUUGCCUACUUAGAUUCCGUACAUUUCUUCCGACCACGACAAUUCCGUACUGCUGUGUACCAUGAGAUCCUCCUAGGUUAUAUGGAUUAUGUGAAACAAUUAGGUUAUACAAUGGCCCAUAUUUGGGCGUGUCCACCAUCGGAAGGAGACGAUUACAUCUUCCAUUGUCAUCCGCCCGAUCAAAAGAUACCGAAGCCUAAGCGGUUGCAAGAGUGGUAUAGGAAAAUGUUAGAUAAGGGCAUGAUUGAGCGCACAAUUCAGGACUACAAGGAUAUUCUGAAGCAAGCAAUGGAAGACAAGUUGUCAUCUGCUACAGAGUUGCCUUAUUUCGAAGGUGAUUUUUGGCCCAAUGUUCUUGAAGAAAGUAUUAAGGAGCUUGACCAGGAGGAAGAGGAGAAGCGAAAACAAGCGGAGGCAGCAGAAGCAGCAGCAAACGCGAUGUUUUCGAUGAACGAUGACAACGAAGCUAGUUGCGAUGGUAAGAAGAAGGGACAAAAGAAAGCUAAAAAAUCGAAUAAGUCAAAGGCAGCUCAGCGAAAGAACAACAAGAAAGCGAAUGAACAACAGACUGGAAACGAUUUGAGUGCGAAAAUUUACGCUACCAUGGAGAAACACAAAGAAGUGUUCUUCGUAAUCCGUUUGCAUUCAGCACAAUCCGCUGCCAGCUUAGCGCCAAUUCAAGACCCUGACCCUCCAAUGAAUUGUGAUCUCAUGGACGGUCGCGAUGCAUUUUUGACAAUGGCGCGUGAUAAACACUACGAAUUCUCGUCACUGCGUCGUGCUCAGUUCAGUACACUUUGCAUGCUGUAUGAGCUGCACAACCAGGGACAAGAUAAAUUCGUCUACACUUGUAAUAAUUGUAAAACGCCAGUUGAGACUCGUUUCCACUGCACUGUCUGUGAUGAUUUCGAUUUAUGUACUGUAUGUAAGGACAAAGUGGGUCAUCCACAUAGGUUGGAGAAAUUAGGUUUCGAUUUAGACGAUGGUUCCUCGCCUGCGGAUAUGAAGCAGGCCAAUCCGCAAGAGGCACGAAAGCAAUCGAUCCAACGUUGUAUACAAUCGUUGGUGCAUGCAUGUCAAUGUCGCGAUGCAAAUUGCCGUUUGCCAUCGUGCCAGAAGAUGAAGCGUGUUGUAACGCAUACGAAGAAUUGCAAACGGAAAACGAACGGUGGAUGUCCGAUUUGCAAACAACUUAUUGCAUUAUGUUGCUAUCAUGCUAAGCACUGUCAAGAAGCUAAAUGUCCGGUACCGUUCUGUCCGAAUAUUAAACAUAAGCUUAAGCAGCAACAGCUACAGCAACGAUUGCAACAAGCCCAACUGUUACGACGUCGUAUGGCUGUAAUGAAUACAACUCGAACUGCGCCUCCAACAGCACCUGGAUUGCCUGCAGCUGGAGUUCCCGCCUUACCAGCACUGCCAGCUGGCUCCACACAAGGAGCGGGUGGUAUGAGUCCGUCCGCGGUACCCUCGCCUGCUUCAUCGAUGAGCGGCAUGACGAGUCCUCAUCGAGCUGGCAUCGGUCAUAAACCAGGAACUCAAACACCGCCGGAACACGUAUUGCAAGUCGUGAAACAGGUUCAGGAGGAAGCGGCACGGCAGCAAGUACCACAUGGCGGUGGCUUUGGUAAACUAACACCAACUGGACCUCAAAUGGCACCGCCUGUUAUGCAACGCCAACUCAUACCUAAUCAGCAGCUACAGCAACGUCUUCCUUUCGAAAAUCCAGGCAACGUUCCGAACAUGUUGAUGGAUCAGUGGGGACGUUACCCGAACAAUGGUAAUCAAGGUGGUGGUCUUCGGCCGCCCAUUCAAAAUCAAAUGAUGCAACCGAAUACGAUGCAGCAACAGCAAAGUAUGGGUGGAGUUGUCGGUUCAAGUUCAAAUCAAAUCAUGUGCGGUAUGCGACCCGCUGGCCAAACACCAAUUGCCAAUCAAUUAAAUCCUCAACAGAUCUCACAAAUUAUGCAACAAAUUAAGAAUGGCAGUUCAGCGGAAACAACCAAAAUACUUCAAGUGCUUAAAUCUCAACCGUUACUAAUGGCUGCCAUCAUUAAACAGCGACAACAAAGUCAAAAUGCUAAUGCAGCGAAUCAAAAUAAUCAACAGCAACAACAACAGCAGCAGCAACAACAACAGCAGCAACAACAACAUCAACAACAACAGCAGCAACAGGCUGGCCAUCUACCGCACAUGAUGGGUCAGCCACAGCAGCAACAACAGCAGAAUCAACAGAUUCUGCCCAACCAGGCGGUACAUAAUCGAAUGCCAAUGCAAAAUGCCAUGAUGGGACAGUGCGGGACAAAUCAGCUGCAGCAGCAGCAACAGGGCGUCGGACCAAAUCCAUGGUAUAAACAGAAUAUGUUCCGGCAGAUGCCAAUGAAUUAUCCGGCGCCGCCAUACACGCAACGACCACGUGCACCGCAGAUGGGUGGUUUCCAAGGUGGCGGAUUCCCAGCUGAACAACAAUACGCUGCUAUGCAACAAGGUCUGAAAACCAAUAAUCCUCAGCAAGGAGGUGUUGUGAUGUCAUCGCAGCAACUGCUGCAGGGACAGCAAAACCAAAAUGUUAUGGGCCCGCCUACGCCACAUUCCUCGAUGCAACAACAACUAAUGCAAUCGGUUCGAUCACCGCCGCCAAUACGCAGUCCACAACCGACACCAUCACCUCGUUCUGCUCCAUCACCACGUGCCCAGCCUUCAGCAUCACCACGAGCGCAACCAUCACCUCAUCACCUGCCCAGUCAUUCGCCUGCACCGCAACCGGGCGGUCCUGAUUUGCAUAAUCAUAUGCAUCCCCACCAAUCUCCCAUUCCCGGCGGUCCCGGUGACGCGGUCGGACCGGGCGGCGAUGCCCAACCAAUGACCGCUCAAGAUCAACUAACGAAAUUCGUUGAACAAUUGUAGUAGUAAUAAAACUGUGUGCGAACAUGAUUUCAGUAAUUACAAUAACAAUUACGUUUUAUGUUAAUUAAGGAGCAGAUGAAGAGUGUUAGGAAAGAAAACAAUGAAACAAUUCUUUUUGUACAUAUUACUAUUAAAUUAGUUUCUAAUUAUUAAACAAAUUAACGCGUCUAGUUGCAUAAGCUAAACCAAAAUAGAUUUUCAACAAAUUCAUUUAAAGCAAAUUUCGUUCUAGACUAUACGAUAUAUAAUUAACGCUAAAAUAAACAUGUAUAAAAUAUCACUCUUGUUAUUAAAUGAUGUAUUUUUGUUCCGAUUCUCCUUUUGUAUUCGAUAGGUGUACGAUAUUAGAUCCAAUCCAGCUAGUUAUUUUCUCUUCCUUCCCUGAUUUCGUAUCACAUUAACGUUAGGGCGACUGUUGCGCCGCUAGAGAUUCACAGAAAGCAGAGAUCUGUAUACAAGAUGAGAGCAAAGUAGCGAUAGAACCACGUCUAGUAUAAAUAAAUUAAUGAGAAGAGUUAAGUGAAUUGAGGAUCAUCGUAUUUACAAGCUAAAAUAAUCACUACCCUCUUUCUAAGAGUUUUUCAUACAUGAUAAGUAAAAAACGCAAAAAACAAAAACAAAACGGCCGUGUUAUUAGUAAUUAAUAUGAAAUUAAUAUAAAAUGUGUAAAGAAAUUGUGAGUUGUGUAAAAUUGUGUACUGUAGAGAAAAAGUGGAAAAUGUAUGAUGUAAGUUGUAUGUCGAUUUAGGUAUUUAAUUAAUAUUAUUGACAGAAUGAAAAUAAUUAUAAAGAAUUAACGAUUACCAUUGUUUGUUGCACGAGUAAGAGCGGAGACAGGUCGUACGAAGCGAAACAAAUGCCGAUAAACUGAUAAAACUGAUUUAACAUAAGAACUAGGACGUGUACGAGAGUUGUGCAGGAUGUAAGUGACUAGACAAAAUGAUGACAAAUUUCUAAUUUUUAAACUAAACUGCUAAAGGCAAAAUACAAGUAUUUAUUUCUCGAAUUUCUUUUUCACACAUACGCCUCGAACGUCACGUUUGUGCGUGGAAAUAUUUUAGGCUAGCGACUGUGAAAGGUGGAAUCGGUCGGACAAAAACCGGGGAUAGGAAAAGUAUAAAUGAUUUAGAUGAAAAUUCAGUGUUUUUAGUACAUUAGAAUCGGUAUGUUAGGGCACAAGUUGCUAUUAUCGUACUCUGGCUUUAGGUAAUGCUCGCCCUGCUUUCUAGUGCGCGAAAAGGAGAGACAGAGAGAGGGUAGGGUCACAUCGUUUUUUGGUAUUUUUCUAUUCUAAUUUUUGUGCGGGAACGGAUUUCUUCUUUCCGGUGAACUAAAUUAAAUGUAAGGACGAGACUUCGGGAAGAGAACUCAACUUACUGCUUGCAUUGUAUCACAUCCAACCGGAACAUGUUCUUUCAAUCAUGUGUUUCCUUUUUUGUUUAUAUUCUUCACUUACUACUUAACCUUGUUAGAGUAAAUCGUCGUGAUAAUGCUUAUCCAAACCCUAGCGUUUAAGUGUAAAGUUAUUUUGUUCUAUUUUAUUUCGAUUAUGUUCAUUUUCUCAGCUGAUAACUUGCAUUAUACAAAGUUAGCAAUCAAAUGUGUUAUACAUGUGAAAGGGGAGGAGAUGGCGAAGAUUUCUUGCAUUAAAAUUGAGAUAAAUUUCUUUUUAUUAAUCUGUAAGGAUAAAGCUUUGUGUAUUUAUAUGAAAUUAUAUUGAAAGAUACUAUAUAUAUACUCUUUUUGUUUUUUUUUUUGCUCGCUCGAUCAUGAGUUCAUUUACGGAGAAGAGAUAAGUGUCUAGCGUUAGAGAAACUGAUAAUUUCUACGAAACAAAGCUUGUAUUUUCUACCGUCAGCGAGUAAGCGACCGUAACUUUAAAUUAAAUAUCACUUUAGUAAGGAAAAGAGAAAAUGAGGAGUAAUGUGACGAUAUAAUUAUUAUUGCUAUUCGAUAUACGAAUUACAAAUGAAUUCUAAAAGUUUGUAAGAGAAAAUGCUGCGUAAUAUUACCCCAGUAGAAAUCUUCCAAUAUAUAUUACAAUUAUGUUUCUGUUUAUUGAUAUACAAUAAUUUAGUAGUUUUGUUUUUUAAUAACUAUUUUUUUUUCUUUUGUAUUAGACGAAUAAAUAAUAAAAAUAUUUCCACAGAUCAUGAAUGUAAGUAGUGUAUUUUCUUUACUUUCGAUAAGUAAGCAAAUCUAUUAUUUUGUAAAGCAAUUAAUUACAUGCAUUAUAUUAUUACGAUAAAAAAUUGUAUUUUCUUUCGAUUUGUAAACUAACCAUUGAUCCCGACUUAAAAUUUUCGUUCCUGCCCUCUUGAUAUCCUCUUAGCCCUAGUUGUGUACAGGAGACGAGACAUGUAAUAAUUUCGAGGAAACAAACCAAUUAUGAUGGCAUGAAAUCUGAGACUUACUAUUUAGACAAAAAAAAAAAAACAAAAAAACCAGGAGAAAAUGCAAAAAAUGUGAAAGCAAAUCGAGUGCAUGAAAUACAUGAAAUACUUACUAAAAAAGAAACAAGAAACAAGCGGAACUUGCAACAAGAAAAGUCAUUAAGAUAUAAAGUUUAUAUAUUAUAUAGAAACAAAUUAACACAACACACACACAUGUAAUGUUUAAGGAGUUCUUAUUGAAUACACAUAUACGUUGUUUUUAUAAUUAUCGAAGAAAACAAAAAAAAAAAUUGAUAACUACAAAAAUCAUCAUGAUUUCAUUUCGAAAUCUCUCUCAUACUCUUCAUUUCAACGAUAGUUUUCUUGGCUGAAUUCAAAUCAAUGUAGCGGUUCUAGUUAGUUGUAUGUAUUGUAUAUGAAACGUAUCCGUGUUGUCCUUUCUGGUUAGUUCUUCUCGUUCCUUUUUUUUUUGGUUCUGCGAUUUUCUGUUCCGUUUUCUACUAUGCAUUAUACUAUAUGUGUAUAUAUAUAAAUGAAAAUCAACAAGUAAAUGAGUUUGUUUUCAUAUCUUUUAAAGAAAAAAAAAAUUGGAAAAUCAGAAAAAAAAACUGAAAAAUGAUACGCGUAAAGAUUUAAAAAGAAAGCAAGAUUUCAAAAAGUAUAAGAAACAAUUAUUAUAUAUUUAGUGUAUAUAUAUUGAUAAUUUUAUUGAAGUAAAGAGAAAUAAGAUGAAUAAUUAUUAAACAGAAA